CUGAAAAGUAAAGGGGUCAAAAAUAAGAGUUUUACAAUGACUGGAAGUGGCUAUGUAGUGGAUAUAAAACACGUGUAGUGACAAAUCUGCGUGUGUACUUGUGUCUUAAUAAUCUCGUCUGAAAACAGAUCUUCGUUUCCUACACUUUCUCCUCCUAACAUUCUUACGUUGCUGAAGCUGAUCUUGCAGAUUUCGGAUCGUAUUCAUGGAUGGAGAAGGUUUCGCCGGAAAGGCGGCUGCUGAAGCCAAAGGAUUGAACCCGGGACUAAUCGUGCUGCUUGUUGUCGGAGGUCCGCUUGUUGUGUUCCUUGUCGCCAACUACGUGAUGUACGUGUAUGCUCAGAAGAACCUACCCCCAAGGAAGAAGAAGCCCGUUUCUAAGAAGAAGCUCAAGCGGGAGAAGCUGAAGCAAGGAGUCCCUGUGCCUGGAGAAUAAAUACCCACCUUAGCUUUAACUCUGUGCCUUGUUCAAAGCUUGGAUAAAGGUUAUAAUUGUCAUCAAAUUUCACACCUUUUUUGUUUGUUUGUUUUCGUAACAUUUUGCUUCCUUAACUUAUGUCAUGAGUUCUGUAUGAUAUCACUUGGGACAGCCACCCAUUUUGUUUGGUUAGACUU